ACUCCCCGGCGGGAGGCCCGAACCCUCAAACACCGGGAAGCGGAGGUGGGGGCCGGCCGGGGGCACAGUCCACCGGCUCCCACCUCCGCGUGCAGGGAUUCCGGGUCCCGGCGGGCGCUGGCCGAGCCGUUUCCACAGCGACAGGCCGGGCGCGCGUCCCCGCGCGUGCGCAGCUCCUCGCCCGCCCCCGGGUGGGCGGAGCGAGGAACGGCUGGGCGGGGACGACCGCCCCACGCCGCGCGGGAACCGUUGGGGGCCGGGGCUGCCGGCAGCUGGGAACCGCGGGCGCUAGGCGCGCGCACCCAGCCCUCGGUCCCGGCCGGUAAAUCUGGGGCAGCGCGCGGUAGGAGCUGCGGGCGGCCAGGCCCCUUCCUGCGUCCGCAUCUGGCCCCGCGCGCCCCUCUCGGGCGUCCGGCCUCCGGCGUCCUGGCGCCUCGGGUGGCGGCGGUUCGGGCGGUCGCCUUGCUGCUCCUCGGGGCGGCGACCGCGCUCACGCACGGGCCCGCCGCGGCCUUCACUGCCGCGCGCUCUGACGCCGGCAUAAGGGCCACGUGUUCUGAAAUUAUUUUGAGGCAAGAAGUUUUGAAAGAUGGUUUCCACAGAGACCUUUUAAUCAAAGUGAAGUUUGGGGAAAGCAUUGAGGACUUGCAGACCUGCCGACUCUUAAUUAAACAGGACGUUCCUGCGGGACUUUAUGUGGAUCCAUAUGAGUUGGCUUCAUUACGAGAGAGAAACAUAACAGAGGCAGUGAUGGUUUCAGAAAAUUUUGAUAUAGAGGCCCCUAACUAUUUGUCCAAGGAGUCUGAAGUUCUCAUUUAUGCCAGACGAGAUUCACAGUGCAUUGACUGUUUUCAAGCCUUUUUGCCUGUGCACUGCCGCUAUCAUCGGCCGCACAGUAAAGAUGGAGAAGCCUCGAUUGUGGUCAAUAACCCAGAUUUGUUGAUGUUUUGUGACCAAGAGUUCCCGAUUUUGAAAUGCUGGGCUCACUCAGAAGUGGCAGCCCCUUGUGCUUUGGAGAAUGAGGAUAUCUGCCAAUGGAACAAGAUGAAGUAUAAAUCAGUAUAUAAGAAUGUGAUUCUACAGGUUCCAGUGGGACUGACUGUACAUACCUCUUUAGUAUGUUCUGUGACUCUGCUCAUUACAAUCCUGUGCUCUACAUUGAUCCUUGCAGCAGUUUUCAAAUAUGGCCAUUUUUCCCUAUAGGUUUUAUGUAGUUAAAUGCUUCCUAGAAACCUAAAUAAGAUCUAUUAAUUUCUGACGAGAGGUGUUCUUCUAGAAUUAAUUACUUUUAUCUUUUGUCUUCAUUUGUGGCCAAAAUUAUGUUUACUAGAGGAAAUUUGGGAUCAUUCUCAGCUAAUUCCAAAAUUUAGUGCUCUAUUGCAUGGAUCCUUGGUAAUCCUCAAGCAUCAAAUGCCAUAAGAGGAAACUUAAUUCUGCUAAAUUAAUGUUUAUUUUGUGAGAAGUGACUUUAUCUUCAUUUGGGAUAGAAAAAUUAUUUCUUUAUGUAGUAGAGACAAAUUAUUCUAAUUUUGCGAAUACUUUCAAUUUAAGCUACAAAUUGAGAAAACCGUUAUAAAUAUGAAUAAAAUAGGCCAGGCGCAGUGGCUCACACCUGUAUUCCCAGCACUUUGGGAGGCCGAGGUGGGUGGAUCACCAGAGGUCAAGAGUUUGAGACCAGCUUGGUGAAACCCUGUCUCUACUAAAAAUACAAAAAUUAGCUGGGGGUGGUGGGGGGCAUCUGUAGUCCCAGCUAAUUGGAAGGGUGAGGUUGGAGGAUCGCUUGAACCUGGAAGGCGGAGGUUCCAGAGAGCCAAGAUCGCACCACUGCACUCCAGCCUGGGUGACACAACGAGACCCUGUCUCCAAAGGAAAAAAAAAAAGAAUAAUAAAAUAAUUUGGAUGAAAAUCAUGUUUAUUUAAAUAGUAAUGUCAUGAGACUAUUAAAGAUGUGCCAGAGCUUCAAUGAAAAUCAUUAAAGUAGGACAGCUAAGAAAUUAAUAUUAGUAUCAAAAUUAUUGACAAUCUUAAUCUUAAAUUAUUGAUUAUUCCUUAACGCACUCCAUUCUCCUUUUACAUUUUAUCAUGUUUCUUUUGAAUAUAUGAAUUGGCAAAGGACUUGAUGAAACUGAGUACUAAGAUUUGGUACAGAGUAUGUCAGGAAGACAACUCAGAUUGCCAUUUUAAAUAAAGUUGUACAUGAACAAUAA